ACUGCUCCUGUUCCCAUCCCGGCAGCGAACCAGCCUCCCAGCACAGAAGGAUGUCCUACUCCAGCGAGUCCUGCGGCGUCAGCUGCCCCCAGCCCAUCGCCGAGAGCACCAACGAGCCGUGUGUGCAGCAGUGCCCCGAGUCCAGAGCCCUGAUCCUGCCCCCGCCGGUGGUGGUGACCAUCCCGGGCCCCGUGCUCAGCACCUGCCCCCAGGAGAGCGUUGUGGGAUCGUCGGGCCCAGCCUUGCCGGGGCGUUCCUUCAGUUCCCUCAGCUCCCAGGGCUACGGGGGCUCCUUUGGGCUGGGAGGAUCUGGGGGUUCUGGGGGCUCCCUGGCCUUGGGGGGCUCCUCUGGCUAUGGGGGCUCCUUUGGGUCUGGAGGUUAUGGGGGCUCCCGGGGGAAUUGGGGCUCGUUUGGGUGGGCACCUUAUGGAGGUUCCCAGGGCUAUGGGGGCUCCUUUGGGUUGGGUGGCUCCCGUGGUUAUAGGGGCUCCUUUGGGUCUGGAGGUUAUGGGGGCUAUGGGGGUUUCUCAGGCUAUGGGGGCUCCCAGGGCUAUGGGGGCUCCCAGGGCUAUGGGGGCUCCUUUGGCCUGGGAAGCUGUGGGGGCUAUGGGGGCUCCCAGGGCUAUGGGGACUCCCUUGGAUAUGGGGGCUCCCUUGGCUACGGCCGUUCCCUGGGUUAUGGAGGUGACACCGGCUAUGGGGGCUCCUUUGGGGGCUAUGGGGGCUCCCUCGGGGGCUAUGGGGGCUCCCUCGGGGGUUAUGGGGGCUCCUUUGGCAAUUGCGGGAGGUCCUACAGCUCCGGCUUCUCCUCGCGGGGCCUGGGCUACUCCCUGCCUGGCUCCCAGAGAUGGGGCAGGUCCCGCCGCGGGAGCUGUGGGGUUUUCUAAAGCCCCCCUGGCAGUGCCAGCCUCCAGAGGCAGUGCCAGCCCUGGAGCCCGGCCCGGGCCAUGGGGACACCGGGCAGGAGCCCCUGGCAGUGGCAGCUGAGUGUGCCCAGCAACUCUGGGUGUGCCCUGAGCCCUCCAUCCCCUCUCUCUGCCCUGAGCCCUCCAUCCCUCGGGGUUCCCUGAGCCCUCCAUCCCCUCUCUGUGCCCGCACCCCUCCAUCCCUGGCUUAUCCUGGUCCUGAGCUGGUCCCUGCUCCCAGAGCCCGAGUUCUGCAUCCCCUGCUGCCCCCGGGACCGCCUGGAUUCCCUGCCCUCGGCUGUUGCUCUUCUCUCUGACAUUAAACCCCUGUUGGUAUUGCACAAAA